AUGGGCGGGCGUGUCGAUGUGCGGCAAUACGGACGUAAUUUUUCUAGCACGAACGCAGGACUCAGCCAAACGCUGCGAGAAAAAGUGCUUCCUUACAAGGAAAAAUUCCGCCUGAAAAAGGACAAUAUUGAGCCAAUAUUUAAACAGGAUAACGCCUCAAUACAUGCUUUGAGGCUCACUAAGGGAUUCCUCAACGCUAACAACGUUACAACUAUGGAGUGUUCCGCCAAACGUCUUGAUUUUAACAUCAUGGAGGGACUUUUGGUCGGUCGGGUGUAUGCAAAUGGACGUCGGUUUGACAGCCGAGCCGAAUUGAAGGCUUUCAUCAAGCCCGGGCACGUCUCGAGCCCGAUUAAAUCAAGAAACUUUGUCAAGAGCAUGCCGAAGCGUUUGCACUUGGCGAUGGCGCUGAAAGGCGCCACAGCACUUUAUUAA